AUAGUGGGAGGAUCCGGUACGAUGAGAAUGGUUUAAUACAUGUACACCAUAGUAUCUACGUGCAAGCAGGGGAGUAAACAAGAAGCAAUAACAUGGUGUUCAAGUUUUGGAUAACCUUCCUUGUCCUCUUCAAAGUGGAGGCUCUAGGAUCAACAGACAUGUCCUCAUCACUUGGCCAAGAGUUUUAUCUAGGCUUUAUGCAAAAUAUUGGUGGUGGACAAUUCUCUUCAUUAAGGCUCCUGAUAGGAACAGAUACUCAAUUUGCUAGCUAUGUCGUAGAGACAGUGGACCAAAUUGUUCAACAAGGAAGUGUAUCAUCUGGAACUCCUGUUUCUGUCCAUAUUUCAGGGCUAGAUCUAGAGGUAUUUACUUCCAAUUAUGAUAACAGGUGGAAAGGCAUUCGUGUGGCUAGUAAUGAAGAUAUUUUCGUAGUUGCCGAAAACUUCAUUCUUGCUAUUAACCAUGGUGUGUUUCUAGCAUACCCACGCUUCACUUUUGAGCAAGAAGUUGACUAUGAAUACUACAUUGUUUCUAUCGAAGAUAUAACAGAUUUUGCCCAUAGCCAACUCCUUCUAGUUGGUUGCGAAAAUGAGACCACUAUUACAAUAUUGCCUUCUCAGAAUGUGAUUCUACCAACAAAUCUCCAGGAAAGUAGUACUUCUAUUCUUGUGAAUGCAGGCACCACAAGUCACACAAUGGUGUUGAACCAAUUGCAAACCCUCCUUGUGUCUAGUUUUGAUGACCUGACUGGUACAAAGAUUGUCUCAGACAAACCACUCACGGUGAUCGGUGGUCAUGAGUGUGCUGUUAAUCCGGCUUCUUCUUCUGCAUGUGAGCCACUUGCCGUACAGAUUCCUUCUUCUCUUUUGUGGGGUAGGCAGUUCCUUUUAGCACCAUUUACUGGCAGAGGUAGUGAACAAUAUUUCAAACUUUUUUCCUCGAUUCCGACCACAGUUAAUUACACAUGCGGAAACUCUUCUUUUAGUUUCAAUAACGUUACAAAUCGCAUAUUUGGUACUUAUGAGUAUUGCUAUCUCGAAUCUAUUAAUCCAUUGCUGGUAGCUCAAGUGUCCACUGGCAGUAGUAUCGACUUUAGUGGAGACCUAGCUAUAGCUUUGAUUUCUCCAAUUGAUAACUAUGUACGCGAAACGUCAUUUGUCUCUCUGCCUUCAUACUUGUUUUCUCUGAACUAUAUCAGUGUCACCGUAGCAAUAGAGAAUUUUAAUAGUUCCUGUAUCAUGUUUGAUGAUCAAGUAAUUGAUUGUGAUUGGAAUGAAAUCUUAAAUACUGAAAUGCAAGUUGUUGGAUAUGGAUGCAGUAAGGCUGUAAACUCCGGCAGCACAGUGGGCACACAACACACAGUGUACCAUGAUAAUGGCACACUCUCAGUUCUUGUGUAUGGUUUCAAUGGAGGACCUUCACUUGGCUAUGCUUACCUGACUGGUCAGACAUUAACAGAAAAGCAAGUGACUCCUAUCAGUCCACCUGAAAACGUAACAGCUAUCGUAUCGUCUUCCACUGAGAUUUGUGUGACUUGGGCUGAAGUUCCUGUGAUUGGCCGGAUUGGAGUUAUCACAUCGUACGAGGUUAUGUACGAGCCCCUGAUGACCCUUGAUGGUCAACUUGUUUCGGUAUCACUCGACACAACCGGCUUUUUCCUCUCUCUGAAUAGCCUACAAGAAUAUAUAGAGUACAACAUCUCAGUGAGAGCAUACACCAGCGUUGGGCCAGGACCUUACAGUUUGGGAAUUGUCAGGAGGACACUGGAAGACGUGCCUUAUUCAUCACCAAGAAAUAUCGAUGCAAUAUCGACUUCCUCCACUGUAAUCCACGUUUCUUGGAUUAAAGUCAACGAGAUCGACCAGAAUGGUGUCAUCACCAUGUAUGAGGUCGUGUACUUGGGUGAGUUUGAUCUCACAAAUAGAAGUGUUUUCACCUUGGAUGGUGACACGCUCACUGUCAACAUCACUGGAGUGGAAGAGUUUGCAGAAUACAAUAUCUCAGUGAGAGCAUACACCAGUGUGGGACCAGGACCUUACAGCCAGGUACAGAUGGAAUUGACUAUGGAAGAUGUCCCAGUCAGUCCACCUCAAAAUAUUAGGACUACUGCCUUAUCCUCGACUGAAAUAGAAGUAUCUUGGGACAGCAUUCCUGAGAUAGACCGGAAUGGAGUAAUCAAUAUGUACGAGGUUUUGUACGAACCACUGAUGACAUUAGGUGGUCUGCUCACCACAGCAACACUUAAUACAACAGACUUGUUUCUAAUUCUGAAUAGCCUGCAAGAAUAUGUAGAGUACAACAUCUCAGUGAGAGCAUACACCAGCGUUGGGCCAGGACCUUACAGUUUGGGAAUUGUCAGGAGGACACUGGAAGACGUGCCUUAUUCAUCACCAAGAAAUGUCGAUGCAAUAUCGACUUCCUCCACUGUAAUCCACGUUUCUUGGAUUAAAGUCAACGAGAUCGACCAGAAUGGUGUCAUCACCAUGUAUGAGGUCGUGUACUUGGGUGAGUUUGAUCUCACAAAUAGAAGUGUUUUCACCUUGGAUGGUGACACGGUCACUGUCAACAUCACUGGAGUGGAGGAGUUUGCAGAGUACAAUAUCUCAGUGAGAGCAUACACCAGUGUGGGACCAGGACCUUACAGCCAGGUGCAGACGGAUUUAACUAUGGAAGAUGUCCCAGUCAGUCCACCUCAAAAUAUUAGGACUACUGCCUUAUCCUCGACUGAAAUAGAAAUCUCUUGGGACAAAAUUCCUGAGAUAGACCAGAAUGGAGUCAUCAGCAUGUACGAGGUUAUGUAUGUGAUGACUUUUGGCGGUUUGAUCACUACCAGAACAAUCAUCACAAUCGACUUGACAUUGACUAUAAAUCUCAGUAACUUGGAAGAGUUUGUGGAGUACAACAUUUCAGUAAGAGCUUACACAAGCAUUGGGUCUGGUCCUUACAGUGUGUGGACGGUCAGGAGAACUCUGGAAGAUGUUCCUAGCUCUGCUCCUAGGAAUAUUUUGGUCAGUGCAGUGGAACCCAGCUCUCUCUAUGUGUCCUGGGAACGACCAUUAGAGAUUGAUGUCAAUGGAAUUCUCACUAACUAUACGAUUGAGCACCGUACACUUAAUCACACAGGGGAUCCUCUUGUUGUUCCCUCUACAACGCUGAAUGUGCUAUUGGAAGGACUGAGGUUCUUCACAGUCUAUAAUGUAUCUAUAUCAGCAAACACAGCUGUUGGCAAAGGUCCAAGCGUUCAAAUGAGCCAACGUACUCUUGUGCGAACUUGUCCCCAAGAUUCCAGCAGUGGCUUUUUAUGGGCCAGUAUAACCGAAGGGAGUGUAUUGUCUCUCCCUUGUACACAAGCAAGUUCACAGUUUAGACCAGGUACAUAUGCAACACGAAUGUGUCUAUUGGGAGGUACUUGGAGUGAAGUAGAUUUGACCUCGUGUACCCUUGAUAGUAUGGAUUCCAAUCCUUUCAUGCUGGUCUAUCUCGAUUUACAAGAACCAAGCAGAAGAAAAAAGCGUUCAAUUGAAAAUUUACUAUUGGAGCCAAUGGAACUGCGCAGAAAGGUGCGGGCAGCAACUAGCAACAACAGUCAGUUGCUACUGAUGGAGUUAGAGACAAUUUUCAGUAGUCUUAACAUUACCACUGAAGCUAUUCGUGUCCUCCAUCUCGCCCAAACUGCUGAAGGAUUGUCAAUAGCGUUUGAAAUAGUUCUUCCUAAGGAAAGUGAAAGUCUUCCUCCUGUUUUUGUUGACUAUUUCAACAAUGAGAUCCAAACUAAUGGACUUGCUGGAUACUCGGUUUCUUCUGGUGGACUCAGUGGUAUCAUAGGUGUAGGCCCUACAGAAACAUGCGAAUGCGGUACAACUGCUGGAGGGAAUACUAGUAUUAUCACGUCUCUUCAACUCUGUACUGGAUUGAGUUUAAGUCCUUGCAGCUGUGAGACAGGAGGCUGUGAGUGUCAAGAACCAUACGUUGGUGAUGGGAGGCAUUGCACAUUAGAUUCUGAUGGAGACCUCUUUCCUGAUGUUGCCUUAAACAUAUCUAGCUGCACAGAAGAAAACUCGUAUUGUGUACAGGAUGUUUGUCCUUCAGUGUCCAAUGUUAAUCAAGAUCCAUCUGAUUGUACAUCAACCAUGGAUCCCGGGUUUGAUGGGUGUCCCUUCGAAGAAGAUCCCGUGUGGAGUAUUGAAUGGCCUAAUACUGAGAGAAACACCAUUAGCACACAAAGAUGUCCUGGAGAUUUGGACAAUGUUAUAGGAAACGCAACCCGGUUAUGUGAUGAUAAUGGAGUGUGGCUCAGUACUAUUGUCGAAACAUGUGAAGAUGAACGAUUUGUGGAAGUCGUCAAUCAGGCUGAAGAGUUAUUUUCCUCUGAUGCUAAUAUGACAGAACUUGUUGAAGAAGCAAUUGUGAUUACACAGACAUUAGUAAUAAUUACUGACCAGACAUCAAUUCUUCUUCCUAGCUCACUUUCCAGUACUACCACGAUUGUAACAAAUAUUCUGGAUGUUUUCGAGGAAGCUCAAAAUAUUAGCACUAUUGCCUCAAAUACUGUCAUUCGUGAAGGAAUGCUUCUUGUGGAAAUUAUUAACAAUGUUCUAGAGGUCAAUAAUACGGCUGGGUGGACAGAGCUUUCCGAGACUGACUCAAGCAGUGAAGUUCUUCUUGACAAUGCUGAAAGGCUUGGUGUACUUUUAGCCAAUUCGCAGAACAACACUGGAAGCAAUGAACCUCUAAGGAUAUCUAGACCCAAUAUUGCUAUAACAGCUAGCACAUUUGAUACUUCACGAGAAGCGACAAUAGAAGAGCUUACGCUACCUAAACAGGAAGAUGUGGUUAAUCUUUCUUUAACUAUACAACCUGCACAAAUACAAAUUCCACCAAAUCUCCUGCUUGAGCGAUUGUCAGAGGAGGGAAAUCGAAGUAUACCUGUUGUAUUCAUAUGGUUUCAAAACUUGGAAGAUUUCCUUUCAACGUCUGUGGAUAAUCUGGGCAACAAUACACGUGGUGCUUCCAGUGUAGUUUCUAUCCAAGUUGGGAGGGCAAGAUCUACAACAACGUCAGCGGUGUUGUUAAACUCUCCUGUACAGUUAAACUUCAGUUUUGAAAAUAUAAACAAAAGCCAGGAGUAUAGGUGUGCUUUCUGGAACUUUUCACAAAGUGGUGAAGGCCAAUGGAGUAGUCAGAAUGUGUUCACUAUUGGAAAUAUCUCAGCGAAUCUUACAACUACUGUCCAAUGUGUGAGCACUCACCUAACAAGUUUUGCAGUGCUAGUGGAUGUAGCUGGAGGGCUAAAGAAUAUCCACCUCGACGAGUCUAUUGGUCUGGACGUGGUAUCCUAUAUUGGCUGUGUGUUUUCAAUCCUCUGCCUCAGUGUAACAGUUGUUUUCUAUCUCUAUCAAGGAAAGAAGCUGUUUAAAGCGGUUCAUUUCUUCGUUCAUCUAAAUCUCUCAAUUUCUCUGCUACUUGCUUACACAAUUUUCAUUAUUGGAAUCCAAACUGCAGCAGCUAGUACCGUUGGAUGCAUAUUUAUAGCUGCCAUCUUGCAUUACCUGUUUCUGAGUGCAUUUUGCUGGAUGAUGUGUGAGGGAGUGAUGCUCUACCUUAUGCUGGUUACUGUGUUUAGCCAGGUUUCCAAAGCAUGGUGGUUCUUUCUGUUACUGGGCUAUGCUACACCGCUUCCAUUUGUUGUCAUUACUAUAUCUGUGAGAUGGGAGCAAUAUGGUGUCAGAAAUGAUGAUGGAGAUUUGGAAUUUUGCUGGCUUUCAACUGACAAUGGAACUAUAUUCGGUUUUGUUGCUCCCAUGAUGCUAAUAAUCGUUAUUAAUGUGCUAUUCCUCAUCCUCACCUUACGUGCUUUGUGGAAAAGCCAGAAAAAUAAACUGGAAAGACAAUUACAUGGCAAUGUAAAAGAUUCUAAGAUCAGGAUAUCCAUCAUUAAGUCUGUGCUAUUCGCAGUGGUGAUUUUGCUUCCACUGCUUGGUCUAACAUGGGUGUUUGGACUUUUGACUAUUAACUCCAAUACAUCUGUCUUUGCUUGGAUAUUCACUAUCUUGAAUUCCCUACAGGGCUUGGGUGUAUUGUUCUUUCACGUUAUUCGAAGUGAUGCGGUUUGGAGUCGAAUAAUGUCUACUCUAAAUAAUUGUAGAGGAAAAAUAACUACUACUUCUGACCCAAAGCUGACAACAGAUACAGCCAAAACUCCCAAAUCAUCUUGGACAGACUCUAAAAACGUUGGCAGACAAACAUCGCAGGUCAAAUUGACAAAAAACAAGCUCUUAGAAGAUGUUGGCCCCAUAUUUGAAAGCAAAUCUGAAGAGGGUCAUCUGUUUGCUGUCAAAAAUGCAUAUGGAGUUGAUGAAGCGUUUAACCCAUUCGAACUAGAAGAUUUGAUGGCAUUUGAAGAGAGAAGUAAUUUGGACCUUGACCAUAUUUCUUUUAACAAUGAACAGUUUUAGGACUAUUAAUUUUGUUUGUAUAGUGCAAUUUCUAUGCAGCUGCUCGAUUUAGUCAUUUGAGUACACAUUAAAUUUGAGUAUACAUCGUAUUCAAUAUACAAAA